GGAUGAUUAAUUCAUGAAAAGGUAACUAUCGGCUUCAGUACAUGUUUAGAUAUUGAAUGCGCUUUUAUAUUAAUUAUUUCAGCAUAUAUUUCAGAUAUGGAUAGUAUCUUUGUUGGAUUGUGUCCAACAUGAAGCUAUUGGCAAAAGUUGAUACAAAUAUCAUGGCUGAAUCAGCGGAGGGGAAGGAAAGGCCAAAAUCGUCAGAAUGUGAAGAGGUAUUUGGAGGACCUGUGUUUGAACCAAGACUGUAUAUACAGAGAUAUUUCUAUGUGAAACAAGAGUUAGCAAAAUAUAAUGUUAAACAUGUUGUAGAUUUUGGCAGUGCUGAGUGCAAAAUUUCGCGUUUCCUUGUCCAGAUUCCUACAUUAGAGAAACUGGAUCUGGUAGACCUUGACGAAGGCCUCUUAGAAUGGAACAAAUUUAGUAUUCGACCAUUGACCUGUGAUUACUUAGAAAAGCGGGAACUGCCAUUGGACGUAAAGGUAUUCUGUGGAAGCGUAACUAAUCUGGAUGAGUCUAUUAUUGGCUGUGAUGGUGUCAGCAUGGUCGAACUAAUUGAGCACCUGUAUCCUGAUGUAUUGAAGGCAGCAGUGGAUAUGGUGUUUGGUAAACUUAGACCCAAAGUAAUUGUUAUAACAACACCAAACUCGGACUACAAUCAGCUGUUUCCUAAUUUCUCAGGUAUGCGACACUGGGAUCAUAAGUUUGAAUGGAGCAGGGAGGAAUUUCAAAGCUGGUGUAAGGAUAUAUGCAAGAAUCAUCAAUAUUAUGUGGAGUUUGGUGGAAUAGGAGAGCCACCAUCUGGAGCUAAACAUCUUGGAUGUUGUUCUCAGUCUGCUGUAUUUGUCAGGAAAUCAAAUGCUACAAAACAUGAACACUCAGACUCUAUAUCCAACAGUUAUAAAUUGAUAACAGAAUCAGACUAUCCCUUCACUGAAAACAAAAUGUCUAGGGAUGACAUGGUUACGAUGGAAAUAAAUUAUCAGUUAAGACAGUACCAAAAUAUGUGCACCGAAGAAUACUUAAACUUAAAUAAUUGCUCAGAUCAUUUUGGGAAGCCAACAAUAUUCAAACAAAUUGGUUUUAAACCGGAUAAUGCUAGCAACCAGCAGGAAGACUUGACUUGUUCUAAAAUUUGUGGGAAUUGUUAUAAUAGUUUUAAACCUGAUAGUACAGGAAGCUUGCAGAAGGAUUUGACUGGAUAUGAAAUUUGUCAGAACUGUUUUAGUAGUGACUUAAAGUUGAAUAUAAAUGAGCGUUUGGUACCAGUCACCUUUUUGAUGACAAGGAAAGUUCGUAGUGCACUUCAGCCAGAUGAGCUUAGGAAAUUUCUGCAGAGCCAUGGCUACAGAAUGUCGCCAGAUUGUAAUCAUGUUAUAGUAACAGCAAACAAUGAUCACUCAGAUGACGACUGUAAUGAUGAUGAUGAACAUGAUUUCAAUGAAGAAACAUUACAGACAGGCAGCAAUGGAGAUGAAAUAUCAAUCCUCUCCGUUAAAACAAGGUUCAGCUUAGAUGAUGCCUACUGCGAGUCCUGGGACUGAUUUAAUCAAUGUUUUUUUUAUUCAGUUUGUUAAGUGUUUUAUAUGUUUUGUUAUGCUUGCUCCAAGAGGAGAGGGCAUUAGUUCUUUCUGUCUAUCAUACUCUUGUAAGGAGAAAUAGAUGUUUUAAGGUUUUUUCUUUUUUUAGCUUGGUUGACCCCUAAAAGAGCUCAUUGAAAUGACAUGAAUAAAUUUAAGUGUGACUGUCACAAGGAUGCUACAGACCAAAUUUGAGGUAAAUCUGCCCAGUAGUUUCAGAGAAGAAGCAUGACAGCGGACGACAGACGCCAGAGCAUCCCACUUUGAUGCUUAUAGCUCACCCUGAACCUUUGGUUCUGGUGAGGUAAAAAAUAUCUUUUGCAUGAAUUUUGGUCUUGUGAGCAACAUCCUUCAAAUUUUUGUAUGAAACACUCGCCAAUUCUCAGUUUUUUGUGUCACCUUGAAAAAGUUGACAUAUAGGGGUUACUUUUGUCGGCUGUGUCCCCUUAGGCUUGUCCAGAGCAUAACUCAGUCACUAAAGGUUGGUUUGACUCCAAACUGUAUGCAUGCUUCUUUUAAUGACCAACAGUGCAGUGCACAAGAAUCGCUACUCUGCACUUAUUUUUGAGUUAUUGCCCAUUGCUGAUUUUCAUACGUUUUUUUGUCUGGGCCAAUUCUCCUACACCUAAAAGCUAUUGACUAGAAACUUCAUAGGAUAAUGGAUCUUAUUGAGAAGAAGUGCAGUGCACAAGAACUUUUACUCUGCACUUCAUGAUUUUUGAGUUAUUGCCUUUUGUUAAUUUCGGUAUCCCCUUAGGCAUGUCCGGAGCAUAACUCAGUCACUAUAGGUUGGAUUGACUCCAAACUUAGUAUGCAUGCUUCUUUCAAUGACCCAAAGUGCAAUAUAAAGAAUUGUUACUCUGCAUUUCUUUUUUGAGUUAUUUUCAUACUUUUUAGCUCGACUUUUCUAUGAAAAGGGGAGCUAUCCUACUCGCCCCGGCGUCGGCGUCGGCGUUAGCGUUGGCGUCACACCUUGGUUAAGUUUUUCGUACCACCCCACUUUAUUUCAGAAGUAUUACAAGUAUGGCUUUGAAACUUACCAUACUUGUUCACCAUCAUAACCUCCAUCUACAGACAAGAGUACAUAACUCUGUCAAGGUUUUUGACAGAAUUAUGGCCCUUUUUUGACUUAGAAAGUGUAUUGAGCUUGGUUAAGUUUUUUGUACCACCUCACUUUAUUUCAAAACCAUUGGAGGUAUUGCUUUGAAACUGACCAUACUUGUUUACCAUCACGACCUUCAUCAACAGACAAGAGGACAUAACUCUGUCAAGGUUUUUGACAGAAUUAUGCCCCUUUUUGACUUAGAAAAUACAUUGAAUAUGGGUAAAAUCCACUUAUUGCCUUAACCCUUUGAGAUAUUGCUUUGAAACUUUUAAUGCUAUUUCACAUCAUUACCCCCAUCUGUACGCAAGAGAAGGUAACUCUGUCAAGGAUUUGUUUUAAAAAUUAAGGCCUUUUAUCGACUUAGAAUCUUGGUUAAGUUUUUAGUACCAGUCCACUUUUUGACUGAACUGUUUGAGAUAUUAAUUUGAAAGUUGGAAUACUUGUUUACAAUCAUGAUUCCCAAACAUGUCCAGGAGAAGGUAAUUCUGUCAAAGAUUUUAUUUGAAUUAUGGCCCUUAACUGUCAAUGUUUUGUAUUAUAGGCAAGCACUAAAAAACUUAAAAAAUCUAAAAAAAUUCAUUCCUAUCCACUUGUUCACUUUACCAUAAAUUAUGUCAUAUAAACAUUGCUGUAAUAUUCAAGGGUAUCAAACAACUAGUUCACUUUAAAAAUACAGAGAUUCUUGUAUUGCCUUUUACUGCAAAAACUUUUUUUAUUGGCAAGCAAUAAAAAAGUCGAGCGCGCUGUCUUACGGACAGCUCUUGUUUUUUGUCCGGUCCAUUUCUCCCAAACUAUAAAAGCUAUGGACUUGAAACUUCAUAGGAUAAUAGAUCUCAUUUAGAAGAAGUGCAGUGCACAAAAAUCGGUACUCUAUACUUCAUGAUGUUUUAGUUAUUGCCCUUUCUUAACUUUAAUACUUAAUAGGCUUGUCCAGAAGUCACUGUAAGUUUGAUUGACUCCAAAUUUGGUAUGCAAGCUUUUUUUUUCAUUGACCUGAAGUGCAGUGCACAAGAAUCCAUCACAGAGAGUGUUCCAUUUGAUCUGUCAGUGUAAAACAACAUGGUAUUUUUAUUUAUAAUAAUAUAAGAGUUUUAUUAGUCCUGACGUAACUUUGUUACAGUCGGUUCAAAUGCCACUGAAGUUCAAGGUACAUGUACAUUGCAAGAGCAGGGUUUAUAAAUAACCAAUAUUUAAGAAAACUAGAACUGUGUCCAAAGGACACGGAUGCCCCCGCUGACAACAUAUAUUAUGGUAUAUAGUGAAAAAAUCAACAAAGGGCCAUAAUUCUGUUAAAUUUGGUCGCAGCAAAAAUUCCUUCCUUUACUACCAUCUACACAUUAAGGUUGUUCAUCCCUGGAAGUUUAAGCAAAAUCUGCCAUCCGGUUUAAGAGGAGUUGCGUUCACAAGAUUUCGGGACAGACAGACGGACAUACGUAUGGACAAGUGCAACGCUACAUGCUCCCCACUUUGUGGGGGCAUAAAAAUGCCUAACUGACAGUUAUACUGUUGACAAGGCAACACAUCUGACUCACAGAGUUCUAGUUCACAAAUAACAGUCUGUCCUUGGGUGAGUGCUUUGGGUUCAAUAGCCCUCUGGUGAUUAUACUGGGACAAAACAACACUGCAAAACUGUAAUGUUUUAUUAUUCAAGUUUGACCUUAAAUAACCUUUAACAUUUUAUUUUAAAUUUUAUGUUUUGCUUAAAUUGACAUAACUUUGUUAAUCUUCUUCCACAAAGCGAGCAGGGGAUGUCUCCCUCUGUCUGUCUGUCCAUCUGUAGGUUACACUUUCGUGUCCAUUCUAUAACUAAAACCACUGAAAAUGUUUUGAAAAAACUUGGCACAAGUGAUCACCAUUAUGAGACGAUGUGCAGAGUGCAAUAAUUGGUUGCUACCUCCAAGGUCAAGGUCACAAUAAAAGGUUAAGUGUUAAAAAGUCAACAUUUCGUGUCCGCUCCAUAACAUUUUAACCGCUUCAAUGUUUUUAAGACAACUUGGUCAAGGUCAGGGUCACACUCAAAUGUCCAAUGUUAAAACAUCUAUUUUUCAUGUCCGCUCUGUAACAAAUAUAUUGACAAUUCAAAGGUUUUAAAAUUACUUGCACCAAAUGAUCCCCACCAAAAUACAAUCUGCACAACAUCCAGGUUGCUACCCUCAAGUUACAUCCAGGUUGCUACCCCCAAGGUCAAGGUUAUAUGUUCUCCAUAACUUUAUGAAAGAUUUUUAAUUACUUGGAACAAAUAAUCACCAUUAAGAAACUAUGUGCUUAUGAUAUGCAUGACACAUUCAUGUCCGCUGCAUAAGGUGAUUUAGAUGUCUUUCAGACUGCCUUGUUAUUAAUUAUAAUGGACAUUGGGAUGCAUAUUACAACACUGAGAUGUUGUAAAAAUUUAAGAUUGUCCUUCAUCUGUAAAUGACCUCGAUUGUUGUUGAUGUUUUCUUGGAAAAAAUUUUAUGAUUCUUUAUGAUGAAAACAAUGAAAUAUUUGAAUAUGUUAAUCUGACAGUGUGGAACAUGAAAUAAAUACUAGUUUAAGUUUUUGAUUUAAUUAAAGCAUUUUUAAAAAUCAUCAAAUUACUGUGUCAGUUAAUCUUUCAUUUCAUGAAAAUCAAGCAUUAUUUUAUUUUGCACAUAAGUAGCUCAGAGUAUUUGAUAAAAGUGAAAAAUCUGAAAAAAAUUCCCUCAGCUCAAUAUGCAAUAAUUACGACUGCUAACAUCAAAGGAAGGUAUGUCAUGUUAAAAUUAUGCAGCUCAGAUAUCUCGAUGAUGAAAUUUUCGUCACUUUUCUUCAAAGUUUCUUUAAUAUCGGUAAAUUUCCAAGCUAGUUUAUGCCUGACCUAGAGUAACCUAAGACUGUUAACAAUUUCAACUCAACUAUAAAUAGUAACAGGAUAUUUUUUGUUAGAAGUUUAUUUAAACUUAGAAUAUUGAUAUAACUUUUGAUUAUUUAUUUUUGCAACCUGCAAGGAUAUUGUCAGGGAGCUGUGAAAAUGCACAAUAAUCCCUAAUUGAGAGAUACCUACUCUGACCUUUCAUUUGAAUAACAAUUGAUAAUACCACAAACAUUGACAUGUGCAUUCUUAUUGUACCCACUAAUCUGAUAAUUAGAAUUAGACAGGUCAGGGAUCUAUGCAUCGACUUGAUUGAUACAAUAAUGCCUCGAGCGCUGUUGUGUUCUUCAAUGUGUAAAGUGCAAAUUACAUCUUUUUCCUUACAAUAUUGACUGUUAAAAAAUGUACAAAGAGUGAUUUAAUAAAGCUGUAUAUGUACUAGGGGAUGCAAAAUUCAAGGUCAUUAGUCGCGUCAAACAGGGAGUACAUAGUGAUUUAGGUUGGCGGUCUGAAACAGGGUCGUAUAUGACAGGAAGUCGUUUAAAUCAGUGAGUCGCUAUGGUAAGUUCGACUGUACAUUGGGUGGUCCUCCAACUUUAAGUGGGUCACUGAUGCUAAAAAUAUAUUUUACUCGUGUCAAUCCCCUUCUGGCUGAAGGGUUGCCUUUGAGUGUCAAGGCAUAAAAAUUACGGCCACCGUUUAUCCCUGUGUGAUCAUAAAAGGCGAACAAUAGGUUCGCAUUACUGGAGUUUAAGUAUCUCUUAGCUCCAGCAAGCCCUCCCAUGAAAAUGACAGGGCGGACAAAAGCCCUCCCGUAAAAAUGACUGGGCGGACAAAAGCCCUCCCAUGAAAAUAACAGGGCGGACAAAAGCCCUCCGGCAGCAAAUAUACAUAGUUUGUAUUUUAUAUCAAUGCACUCAACAUAUUAACAUUCAAACCAUGAAUAUUUUUGUUUUCCAUUGGCAUAAGCGUGUUUGUAUGAGCUUGAGCACAUUCCUGACAGGUAUCUGAAUAGUAAGCACUAAAAUAUGUAAGUGCAUAUUUAUUCACGUAAAUAUGAAAAGAUGUGAAGUACAGAAUAAUUGAAUAAUAAAUGACGAAAAGAAGUUUGAAUAAACUAAAAAAACCUAUUAAAAGUCCAAGACAUUUACAGUUUGCCUUGUAAUUAGUCAAUUACUUUGAAAUGUGACUUUGUUUUAAUGGCAUUAUAGUGUAAAAAGUUACAUUUCAGGAAGGUAUAUUCAGAAUGAAAGGUUGGUCCAGCCAAUACACAUACAUGUACUUGAAAACAAUAACAAAUAUAUAUGUUACAAUUUUAAUAAGUUGAGAGCAUUGAAAAAACAUCAAUAGGUAUUUAACAGUCAUAAAUAUUUUUGGUAUGGGAGGGUUUUUGUCCACCUUGUUAAUUUCACGGGAGGGCUUUUGUCCGCCCAGUCAUUUUCAUGGGAGGGUUUUUGUCCGCCCUGUCAUUUUUACGGGAGGGCUUUUGUCCACCUAGUCAUUUUUGGACGGGAGGGCUUUUGUCCGGGAGGACUUUUGUCUGUUUCCCUCGGGUAUUACAAACUUAAACAAACACCAGGGGUCAAAACCACCACACCUGCUGGAGCUAAGAGAUGCAUAGACUCCACAAAUGCAAACACAAUUGGCUGCAAUUCUGAUACCACCGUUUAUCCCUGCUUUAUUGUGGUAGGUGACUAAAUGGGUUCAAAUUACUGCAGUACAUGCAUCUCAAUUGCCCUAAGCGAAACAUCUUGUUUUAAUUUGUUAAGAAAUGUUUAUUGUUUGAUAGGCUAGUUUUAUUUUUGAAAAGAAUUGUAAUAAAACAUUUAAACUGA